CUCAGCUGGUACCCCCCCGGAACCGGAGGCAGCGUGCUGGGUGGCCCUGAUCGGUCUGUCAAAAAUGUUGCGAAUUACCAUCCGAGCAGAUGUGGGAUCUUUUUGGUUCUUGUUCUGCGUCGUCUAUACUCAGGUCCUGGCCGGCUCCUCGGAGGACAUCGUGGUGGCUUGCGGUGGAUUCGUAAAAUCUGACGUUGAAAUCAACUACUCCCUGAUCGAGAUUAAACUGUACACCAAACAAGGCUCCUUAAAGUACCAGACUGACUGCGCUCCGAUCAAUGGCUACUUCAUGAUCCCCCUCUACGACAAGGGAGACUUCGUUUUGAAGAUCGAGCCCCCCCUCGGCUGGAGCUUCGAGCCAACCAGUGUGGACCUGCAUGUGGAUGGAGUCAGCGACAUCUGCACCAAAGAAGAAGACAUCAAUUUUGUCUUUACGGGAUUCUCGGUCUCAGGAGCGGUUCUGAGUAAGGGCCACCCCCUGGGCCCCGCUGGAGUUGAAGUCAAACUGAGCCGAGCGGGAUCAGAGGAGAAACUCAAGAGCGUUUUCACACAGCCCGGAGGAAAGUACACCUUCUUCAAAGUGCUCCCUGGAAGUUAUGAUAUCACAGCCACCCAUCCCUCUUGGUCUCUGGAGAAGAGUAAGACCGCCGUGCUCGUCUCCAACGCCAACGCUCUGGCCACUGAGCAGCUGGUGGUCGGAGGCUACGACGUCUCUGGGGAGGUCCGCAGUGAUGGAGAGCCCAUGAAGGAGGUCACCUUCCUGCUGUACUCGGCCACGGUCAGGAAAGAGGACAUCGCUGGCUGCAACACGUCCCCCGUGGACGGCGCUGAUCACGAGGGCAGCUCCCUCGUCUACCUGUGCAGCACUCAGUCGAGGAACGACGGCACCUUUACUUUCCCGUCGCUGGCCAGCGGCGAGUACACCGUUGUGCCUUUCUACAGAGGAGAAAGGAUCACUUUCGAUGUCGCACCCUCUAGGAUGAACUUCAAGGUGGAGCACAACAGCUUGAAGCUCGAGCCCAUCUUCCGCGUGAUGGGCUUUUCUGUGACGGGCCGAGUCCUCAACAGUGCCGACGGGGAGGGCGUGCCCGACGCCGCCGUCUCGCUCAACAAUCAGAUCAAGGUUGUCAGCAAGGAGGACGGCUCCUUCCGGUUGGAGAACAUGACGGCCGGCGUCUACACCAUUCGCGUCAACAAGGAGCUCAUGUUCUUUGAGCCAAUCACGGUGAAGAUCGCCCCCAAUACGCCCCAACUCCCUGAUAUCAUCACAGCAGGGUUCAGCGUUUGUGGCCAGAUCUCCAUCAGUCGCCUGCCUGAGGGCAUGAAGCAGCAGGGCCGCUACAAGGUCACUCUGAGCCACCGGGGCCAGGACAAGGCCCUCAGCUGGACCACCGAUUCGGACCCUCAGGGGGCCUUCUGCUUUCAGGCCAAACCUGGGAACUACAGCGUCCAAGUGUCUCUCCCUGAAGCUGAGGUGAAAGCAGGUCUCGCUCUUCAGCCUCUGACCCUGGAGGUGUCGCUCGUAGACCGCCCCCUCACAGACCUCCUGUUCACCCAGUUCAUGGCCUCUGUCUCAGGAAAGGUUUACUGCCUAGCUUCCUGCGACGAUCUGUCUGUAACCCUCCAACCGGUGAGUCGGCAGGGGGAGAGGAGGACGGUGGCUCUGUCCGGCAGCAUCGACGUCCUCAGCUUCAACUUUGACGACGUUUUGCCUGGAAAAUACAAAGUGGGCAUUUCUCACGAAGAGUGGUGCUGGAAGCAUAAAUCCCUUGAAGUGGAGGUUCUGGACUCGGACGUCUUGGGCGUGGAGUUCAGACAGAUCGGCUACAUCCUGCGCUGCUCCCUCUCCCACGCCAUCACCUUGGAGUUCUUCCAAGACGGCAGCAAACCCGAGAACGUCGGCGUCUACAAUCUCUCCAAAGGGGUCAAUCGCUUCUGCCUUUCCAAACCCGGUGUUUACAAAGUCACCCCCCGCUCCUGCCAUCAGUUUGAGCAGGACUUCUACACCUACGAUACCUCGGCGCCCAGCAUCCUGACCCUCACCGCCGUGCGCCACCACAUGACCGGCCUCAUCACCACGGACAAGAUGCUGGACGUCACCGUCACCAUUAAAUCGUCCAUCGAGAGCGAGCCGGCGCUGGUGCUGGGCCCCCUGCGCAGCCUGGAGGAGCAGAGGCUGGAGCAGCAGCUGCAGGAGAUCCAGCUGCGGCAGCAGGAACGAGAGCGGCGAGCGGCCGAGGAGCAGGGGGGCAGCAGAGACGACAGCCCCCCCAUGCAGGAGAAGGCCGACGAACUGACGGGCCCGUUCCACUACGAGUUCUCCUACUGGGCCAGGGCCGGCGAGAAGAUCACCGUCACGCCCUCCUCCAAGGAACUGCUCUUCUACCCGCCCGAGGUGGAGGCGACUAUAACAGGAGAAUCGUGCCCGGGUCGGCUGGUGGACAUCGUUGGGCACGCAGGCCUCUUCUUAGAGGGCAGAGUGUCUCCGGAGCUCCAAGGUGUGGAAAUAUCCAUCACAGAGAGAGGAGCUUCUGCGCCGCUCAUUACUGUGGCCACUAAUGAGAUGGGAGCCUACAGCGUGGGCCCGCUCCACAGCGACCGGCUGUACGACAUCAGCGCCAGCAAGGAAGGGUUCGUCCUGACGCCGGUGGAGGGAACCCCGGGAGACUUCAAGGCGUUUGCUCUGGCCGGAGUCACCUUCAAGAUAACGACGGAUGACAGACAGCCGCUGUCCGGCGUGCUUCUGUCUCUGAGUGGAGGACAUUUCCGCUCCAACCUGCUGACUCAGGACACUGGUCUUCUCACCUUUAAUAACCUGAGCCCAGGUCAGUACUACUUCAAGCCGAUGAUGAAGGAGUUCCGCUUUGAGCCGGCGUCUCAGAUGAUCACAGUGGAGGAGGGUCAAAACCUGAGCAUCGACAUAACGGGCAUCAAGACUGCUUACAGCUGCUACGGAGCGGUGCAGUCCCUGAGCGGCGACGCGGAGAGAGACGUGGCCGUGGAGGCGGUGGGUCAGGGAGACUGCAGCCUCUACAGCGAGGACACCGUCACCGACGAGGAGGGUCGAUUCCGGCUCAGGGGUCUGCUGCCGGGCUGCAAAUACCGGAUCCAGCUUCGGGCUGAGGGCAAUGACCACAUAGAGAGGGCGUUGCCUCAACACAGAGCCAUAGAGGUCGGCAGCAGCGACAUCGACGGGGUCAUCAUCAUCGCCUUCAGACAGAUCAAUCAGUUCGACCUCAGCGGCAACAUCAUCACCUCCCCCGAGCAUCUCCCAACACUCUCGGUGAAACUUUACAAGAGCGACAAUCUGGACAAUCCGAUCAACACCGUCUCUCUGGGACAGUCCCUCUUCUUCCACUUCCCCCCUCUGGAUAGGGACGGCGAGAGCUACGUGCUCAUGCUGUACUCCACCCUGUCCCGCUCCCAGUACGAUUUCACUCUGCCUCAGGUCUCCUUCACCUCCGCUGGAUACCACAAGCACAUCACCCUCCCCUUCAACCCCGCUCGUAAAGUGCCCGACCAGGAUGUGGCACAGGGCUCCUACAUCGCUCUGCCUCUCACGUUGCUCCUGCUGUUGGCGGCGUACAACCACGAAAAGGUGAUCCCCCUCCUGCUGCAGCUGGUGAACCGCAUCCAGGGAGUGAGGAGCAUGUCCCAGACCAGCACCGACGGUGCUGCUUUAGACGAAGCCAAACGUCAGGCCAAGAGACAGAAAGUCAGGCGCACGUGAGGCGUGCCCCGCCCUCACGCCUUCAUCCACUAAACUGAACACUAGCGGCGGUGACCUCGGAGAGCACAGAGGGGCGCUACUUCGCCCGGCCUUUACGCCCACGUGUUCGUGUGCUAGUGAACUGUUUAGCUUACCAUGGCCUGUGUAAAAGAAGAAGAGAAAAAAAAAAAACCCUACUCAAUAUGCAUUACCACCACCUCGCUCCAAUCAGGUUGUCUGGACCGAAAGCUGAGGUUUUAUGUUGUCGUCAUUUUGUUU